AUGAUGGAUCCUGGAUAUUCAGUAGACGAUGUCGCCCCGAUUGCCAUUCUUAUGGAUGAGCUACGCUCAGAAGAUGUCCAACUCAGAUUGAACGCCAUCCACAGCAUCCCCACCAUUGCCCUCGCCCUUGGUCCUGAUCGUGCAAGGGAAGAGCUUAUUCCAUUCCUCCGAGAAUCGGUGGACGAUGAGGAUGAAGUACUCUUGGCUCUGGCUGAAGAGCUGGGGAAAAACUUUGAAGAAUAUGUUGGAGGCAACGCACACGCGCAUGUUAUACUGGGACCAUUAGAGAAUCUAUCAGCAGUGGAAGAGACGUUGGUUCGCGAUAAGGCAGCGGAAUCCAUUACGAAGGUUGCCGCCGUUCUGUCCAGUUCUCAAGUAGAAGAAUACUACAUACCGCUUCUCAGGCGACUUUCUCGCGGGACGUGGUUUACGUCGCGAACAUCAUCAGCGGCCCUCUUCGCCGCCGCAUACCCCAAAGUUUCACCCGCCAUCCAAGAAGAAUUACGAAAAGGCUUCACGAUUUUGGGAUCUGAUGAUACACCGAUGGUCAGAAGAGCUGCAGCCAAGUGGCUGGGUUCAUUCAUCAAAACUCUGUCGAAAGAACAUGUGCUGUCUGAUGGUCUGCCGAUAUACCGAAGACUGCAGAUGGAUGACCAGGAUUCCGUGCGCCUGUUGACUGUGGAAGACCUGAUCGUGAUCGCUCAGCAACUUACACCGGCCGAAGUGGAGGAACAGCUCUUGCAGCAGAUUCGGCUGAGCAUCGGUGACAAGAGCUGGAGAGUACGAUACAUGGCCGCAAGUCACUUUAACGAGCUCGCAGAAGCUGUUGGUGCUAACCUUGUUCGCACCGAGCUCAUCAACCAAUUCGUCCAACUCUUGAAAGACAAUGAAGCAGAGGUUAGAACGGCAGCGGCUGGUCAAAUACCUGGGUUCUCCAAGCUUCUUGAUAAGGAAGUGAUUCUCGCCAGGAUAGUUCCUUGCGUACAAGCCUUGUCAGAAGACACCUCGCAACAUGUCCGUGCCGCACUGGCUAACCAGAUCAGUGGUUUGGCCCCGCUCCUUGGAAAGGAAGCUACCAUCGAGCAUCUUCUCCCUCGUUUCCUUCAUCUCCUUAAGGACGAAUUCCCGGAAGUUCGACUUAAUAUUAUCAGCAAGCUCGAAACGGUCAAUACCGUUAUUGGGAUACAAUUGUUGGCUGAGAGCCUUUUGCCUGCAAUCGUGGAAUUGGCGGAGGACAAAUCGUGGCGGGUUAGGCAAGCCAUCAUCGAGUAUAUCCCUCUGUUAGCGACACAGUUGGGCCGACCAUUCUUUGAUGAACAGCUGGGCAAUUUGUGCAUGUCAUGGUUAGGUGAUACAGUCUACAGCAUCAGGGAAUCUGCUACCAUAAACCUCAAAAAGCUGACCGAGGUCUUCGGUGUCGAAUGGGCGAGGACAGCUAUUGUACCCAAAGUUAUGGGUAUGGGCGGGCACCCCAAUUAUUUAUUCAGAAUGACUACGGUUCAAGCGAUCACGACCGUAGCCCCUUCGCUGAAUGUUGAAGUGGUGCGCGCUGAUAUUCUAGAACCGUUGCUGCAGCUAGCAAUCGAUCCCAUCCCAAAUAUACGCUUCAAUGUUGCCAAAUGCUUGGAGGUCCUCGCAGUGGCAUACGGUGGCACGCCAGAGGGGAAGGAGAUGGUUCAGCAGCGACUUAUACCCGCACUAGAGCAAGCAAAGAAUGACCAGGAUGCCGAUGUUCGGUAUUUUGCCUCCCGUGCCCUUCAGAAGGCUGUUGAGGUGGCCUGA